AUGUUGAAAGUAAAAUUAAUUUCAUUUGUUCUACUCUUGUUAAACAUUUUCACUCUCGUCUAUUCUAUCGGUACUAAUCGAACAUAUUUAAUCAAAAAGGAUUUCCUCAGUGGUCUCAAAGGCGGAGAAUUCUCUGUUUAUGACUCUACCGGUAAAAUUCGUCAAUAUCGUAUGGAAUCCAAAUUCGGUGCCACCCAUGAUGUUCGAAUAUAUUCAUUGCCAUCAAAAACACUUCUCGCACGAUUGAAAGCAAAGUUUACAGCAGCUAUGUAUAAAGCAACAGUUAGCAUUCUUGUAAAUGAAAAACGCAAUGAAUGGAGUAAUGGAACCAUUGAACAAAACUUUAAAUUAGUCGGAAAUAAAUUUACAAUUAUAUGGAAUGAUAAUCGAAUUCUGAUGGAAGGAACAGUAGCAUCGUUGAACACACAAUUUAUCGAAGAACCACUAGGAACUGUUUUAGCCAAAUUCCGAAAACGUGUCUCGUCAUUGUUUUGGAGAAAUAAAUAUGAUCUACAGGUGUUAACUGACAAGUAUCCAGAUACACUUUUCUUUCUUGGUGUAGCAGCAAGAGACCAUAGCAACAAGAAGAUUCAUCGUGGAUAA